AUGUGCUUUCACCUUCCUGUGAGUUCUUUCAAAGGCAAAGCAGUUAUAGUGUGUUGUACCCUGGAGCUCUGGCCCUGGUUCCCAUAUGCCUCGAUGGCCUAGGCUGGUUACAAACACAAACAGAAAAAGGACCAGUCUUUAGUCUGAGGAAGGCUGAACAUACUUACUUGAGGAUAUGUUCUUGUAAAACACAGGUCACUUUGGAAUAGCAGAUUUCUGUCAAGUCCAGAUUGUUUGACUUAAAACAUCUUUUCUGGCUUAAAACAGUUUUUCUGUCUCUGGUUCUUGCCUUGUUUACAGGAGCCCCUGAUGGCUGUGAGCAGGCUUGAGGGGUUGGACACAGCACCCUGCUCAAAGCCCUAGCCAGGAGCCCAACCAACAGGACAUUUUUGGGGCUGGUUGGAGUUGUCUGGACUAGCAAUAGGCAAGAAAGACUCUGAAAAUGGGGAAAAGCAAGAGAAUGCUUGAAGCAACCAAGGAAACCCUGCAGAAAGAGAAGGAAUAUUACCCUGGCAGAUGGCUUCCUUCACAGGAGCUAGGGCAAGGCUGCCCUUUCUAAGGCCUCCAAAUGCCUGCUGCAGAAAUCAAGGGGUGAUAACCAAGGUCAGAAAAGGGCUGUAGGGGGGGUAAGAAAGUCAGUGAUCUCAGUGGUGUUAUGCAAAAGAACCUGUAAGAGUCAGCAUGGAAGGGAUGUGGUGGUGUGGUUUCCUUGGGAAAAGAGUAGGCCUCUUGGAAAGAGGAAAGUCCAGGGCUGUUGUGAUUUUAAGCUCCUCUCAGGGAAGUCCCUAUAACGCAACCGUGUAGUGCUGGAAAGCUGCAGUGAUUGCAGCACUUGCCUGUGUCCGCAGCUGCUCUGCCAGGCUUCAUGACACAGCCACUCCACAGCAUUGGCUAACAGCUAUUAAAACAAUCUUGACUGGUUUUUGUUUGGCAAUCCCAAAUAAGCAGGUUUUGCUGGUAUUUUUAAGCUGGUCUGCCAGUAAUACAUGACAAACUGGCUCUGCCAGCAAUGUACUAAGUAGUCCAAGUAAUCACAUAUUCCAUAUGUCAACUGCGACUUAGUAAAACCUUCACGAGUUCUCUUGGUCAACUUAAAACUUUACCACUUCAUGUUAUUUAGUUCUUUUUUCUCUUUUCUUUAUAAGGUUUGGAUUAUUUGUCUUAGGUCUUUUGGAGGAAGCAAACAGAACACAAAAAGAGCAGCUUCCCAUUUUCUUAAUAGUUCUCUUCUAAUUUUAUACAAAACCAUGUUUAAAUUGAAUUAAUUAACAGUUUCAGCCAACCUAAAACUGCAUGUUAAUGAAAAUUUUAAGUCAUAAAUUUUUUUUCUCCUUACUUCUAUUGUUGUAUUUUACUUUCAACAUUCAGAAAAUGUCAUAUAUUUCUCUUUCAUAAUUGCAAAGGCAUAGUAUCUUUUCCUCCUCUUUUUGAAUUAAACAUUUUUGAAGUGCAAGCCUCAUUUUAUUAGUAUUGGAAGGCAUUUUCAUGUUCAGGAUGUGGAUUUUGGCUCUAGCAAUUUUCCUUUUCCAAAUUUUCUCUGGGAUCUAUGAAUCUUGGGGAAAUUCUCAGCCAAACUGAAGUAGUGCAGCACUGAUUUGUGUAGAAGUAGUGAGGGUCAGGCUCAGCGUGGCUGUAUGACCACUCUCGUGCUGAAAAUUGCUGAUAGCUUUUUUUGGUGAAGAUUUUGGGAUGUUAAACACAUCUGUGUCUAAGGUGUGUAGUAUCCUUGCAUUACAUUAAUUUAUUUACAUUACUUAAUUAAUUAUGUUGCUACUUUUUGUAAUCAGGUUUCUUUUUGUCUCCAAAUAAUACUUGGUCUCAGUCUCUUGCAGGAGAUAGUGUAAAAUCCUUUCAAGUGAUUCCUUCCUUUCUUCCCACCUUUGUAGAAGUUAUUCAGAAAAUCCACAUUUCUGGACUACUUUAAGGAUCAGAAACAUAUUAGUCAAAAUGUUUCUGCUGUUGUGUUUACUAUGCCUAAAGGUAUAAAAUAAAAAAUAAAAUAAAAACAAAUUUAAACUGGAAGAGAACUAGGGCUGUAACAAAGUGGUUUUUUUAACAAAGUUUUUAAAGUUUCCUUUUUUGACUGGUGUGUUGACCCUGGCUGGAUGCCAGGUGCCCACCAAAGCUGCUCUAUCACUCCACUCUUUAGCUGGACAGAGGAGAGGUUAAUAAGGAAAGGCUCAGCGACCAAAACAAGGACAUGGAGAGAUUAAUCACCAAUUGCCAGCACAGGCAAAACAGAUUCGACUUGAGAAAUUCAUUAAAAUUUUAGCAAUCUAAACAAGGUAGGAUAAUGACUGGUAAGAUCAAAUCUUAAAACAUCUUCCCUUCACACCUCCCUUCUUCCUGGGCUUAACUUUACUCCUGAUUUUCUGUACCUCCUUCCCCCAGCAGUUCAGGUGAAUGAAAAUGGAGGUUUUUGUCACUUCAUCAUGUGUAACCUCUGCUGCUCCUUCCUGCUCAGGGAGAGAACUUCCCACACUAUCUCCCUCCUCUCCAUGGGCUCCUCUCUCCAUGGGGCCGCACGUCCUGCCAGGAUCCUGCUGCAGUGUGGGUUUCACAAGGGGUCACAGUCUCCCUUGGGCAUCCAGCUGCUCUGACGUGGGGUCCUCCGGGGGCUGCAGGUGGAUCUCUGCUCCUGCAUGGGCAGUGCCUCACCACAGCCUGCGCUCUGUGCUUCAGGGGAAUCCCUGCUCUGGCACCUGGAGCAGGUCCUGCCCCUCUUUCUGCACUGAGCUUGCGGUCUGCAGAGUGGUUUCAUGUAUCCAUCCUCCACAUACUCAUUCUUCUCUCUGGCUGCAGUUGCACAGGGCUUUUUCCCCCUUCCUAAAUACAUUAUCCCAGAGAUGACACCACUGUCAGUGAUGGGCUCAGCCUUGUCCACUGAGUCCUUCCUUGGAGCUAGCUGGCAUUGCCUCUGCCAGACAUGGGAGAAGAUUCUAGAAGAGCAUCCACCACCAGUACCUACCCAAAACCCGGCCACACAAAUCCAGUGAAGACUUUUUUUCAUUCUCCUUUCCAGUUAUAGGCUUUGCCAUCAUGUUUGAGAGGUCCAUUUCUGUGAAAGGGUGGUUGGCUACCCCAAGGGACUGUAGACCGAGUAGAACUAACUUUGCAGAGAGAAAUCUGCCCUCAGAACACUAGAUAUUUAGCUUCUGUAUGUAGGUAGCAGGAAGCAAUCAGCAGUGCUGGGAUGCUGCCAGGAUGUUCAUGGCAGGUUCAUCAGGUCUCAUCAUAACCUGCACUUUCGAUAGAUGGAAAGUUGAUUUCUCCCAACAGGCAUAUAUCUUGUCCAUAAUUGCAUCAAAGCAAUGUCAUUCAAUUAUUUCUAGAACUGUCAUGUAUGAAUUGCAACCUAUAAUUAGUGAAAAUUGGCUUCUUCCUCAGAUAACAAAUUUUGUCAAUCAUGCAAGUACUGAAUUGCCUGAAAUCACUGGGUUGCAUCACAGCCUCUAAAGCUCCAGAGAUAUUGAGCAAGUUACCUCUGGAACUUUUGUGCUUGGUACGUAUGCAUUUACUCAUUAGAGAUUAUGCAAUGAUUAAAUCCCCGUAUUUGGCCAUGUUCCUUCCGGCUACUGCCUUCUCAUGCACUUUGCUUUAUCAAAGGAGUCCGAAAUCUUUGGAAAUUACAGGAGGGAAUUUCCCCCAUCUGGUUCUGUGUUUCCUGGAUGAUCAGCAGUAUUGCUGUAAGGUUUUAUUUACAUCAAUUCAGAAAAGGUACUAAUAAGCAAUAAAACAGUAUCUCUUUGUGAGGAUGAAAAACAUGGAAACUGUUGUUAACUGCUAGUUGAUUAACAACUGUCAGUAUGUUUCUCAUCUUAUUGUAGGACUCAGGUAAAGAUACUGACAGUGUCUGACAUUCAAGUUCUUUAUUUUAGUCUUUCAUCUCUAAUGUUAGACCUAAGUCCAUAAAAUGACAAUAAUCAAAUGGUUAAUGAUUAUAAAAUUCCUUUUCUGUCUUUCUCUUCAAAAGUCCAUAAAGUAUUUUAACCCUUGCAUGGAAACCAGGUAGACUGCUCCUGUGCUUUUCUGUGAUCGGGAGAAUUAUAUGGUAAGCCCAUCCCCUCCCGCCCCAAAUUUUUUGCCCUGUAUGGAGGUGUUUAUCAAGGAUGAACUAUUAAGUCCUCUUCAGCAUUUCAGACUUUCAGCAGGUAUUUCUGUGAGUAAAAGUCCUUUGGGAUAUAAGAGAGAAAGCAUAUUAGCAGGAUGUAGCAGUUUGGUGACCAGAGAAAGUUGCCUCUGGCUGUAGCUUUGCAGAUGGUGUCUGAGUGCAGUUUGACUCCCCAGCUCUCCUCUUUAACAUCCCCAAGCUGCUCAAAACUGUCAGUUCCUCAGUAUUACUUGGGAAAAGGUUCAGUUUUUCCUAAUGCAUUUCUUCCACAGGUCUGACUGGAUGGCUCUGCAGCACUGGCACCUAGGCUGUCUUUGCUGUUAUACACACAGGAGGUUUGAGCCUGUUUUCUCUGGCCCCUGGAACAACGGGAGAGGAAGCUUAGGAGAGGAUGAAUGCUUUGUCAGUCUGUGUUUUGCUGCUCUGCCUUACUGUGACUGCAGUUGUUGUGAGGGGAUCUGAGGAAGGACAACAGGAGGGAGGAAAGCUGAGAAGCUUGCAGCGAAGUCAAGUCAGAAAGACAAGUCAGGAAAGUAAAAUAAGAAACAAACAGCUAAAUGUGAAAAACCCAGAAAAAAUAAUGUAGGGUUGAUUGUGGCUUGGGAAGGAACCCAAGUUUAAGAUCAUGUUCAGGGAAGGGCCAUGUCCAGCUUAGGUUUGCGUAUCUACAAGGGUGUUCAAACUAGGCUUUCCCAUCCUGGGUGAUCUGUCACAGUGCCUCACCCCCUUGCUAUGGAAAGGUGGCUUCCCUAUGUCCAGUGGGAAUUUCCCUUUUCACAGCUCGUGGCUGAUACCUCUCAUGCUUUGUCUGUACCCUCUGAGGAGACCCUGGACACAGCCCUCCCCACAUGGGCCCAGGGCAGGGAAAUUAUGGCCUCCCUUGACCUGGCAGCCCCCUUUGAACUGUUAAGACACUAAACACAUUUAUAUGGCACCUGCAACCGACCAGGGAUAGGUUUGGAGGUGCCACUGGCCACCCUAGGGCCUGGCAGCCUCAUCUCAUGGCUGUGUGGCAGUCCCUGGCCAGCCUACAUGGCCCCACUUGGUCACACAGGUGCCAAAGGGAACCAGACUGAAAGUUUGGUUGGGUGAGGGUGGACAACAGUCACCAUCCCCUCAUUCCCAGGGAAUAAUGAAAAACACUUCUCUGGAACAUAUAAGCACCUCCUUGUUUUUUUAUAUUUUUUUGCCUUCUGUUUGCAUUAGGGAUAUGUGAAGGUAAAGACUGACAAGAUACAGUUAUGUGUCAUAUCACAGCCAGCAGAGCUUUCUUCAGCUGUUUGCAUUAAACCUUUUUGGAUUGUUUUAACUACUUUGUGCAAAUAAACUGAAGGUACUUUGUAUACACCAAGUACAAGAAAAAUGACAGCGCUCCUGAAGUUGGGGCCCUCCUUGCGGCUGUUGUUCUAAAUCUAAAUCGUAAGCUAAUUUCCUAAAUCAAAGAAAAAAUGAGCUAAAAGGAACACCAUGAGCACAAGUCCAGCUGUGACAAGGCACAACACCAGCUGUGGUCAGUUGUGGGAACCACUGGUGUGAUGGAAACUGCCUGAGGGCAGCACUACGGGUGAGUGCUGCCUGAGCAGUGUCAUCGCUCUGGUAUCCAAACUGCUGGGGCUUAGGUAGAAGUGUCAAAGCUCAGAUGAGAAAAUUCUGUCCAGGAAGCACUCAGUGGAGAAGAAAUAGAGCUGUAGAGUCACAAAGAAGACAUGAGAUGCAAGGCCACGUCCAUCUGGGUAACAGCAUGACCUAGGAAAUGGCAUACGAAAUGCCAAAGCUGGGUAUAGCUGUAAUAGACUUGGGAUCCAUGAAAUCUGUAUGUAAAAGAAAAAAGGACCAUUCUAGUCAGCAAGUUUGAGGCAUUGCCUAAUGCUGACAGAUAGUCUUUAAAGCAGCGCAGAGAUAGCUGCAUUCUGAGAGCAUUGAUCUUUUUGUACUUUUGUGGCAUUUCACUAUGAUCCAUAAAACAGUUACAAAAAGCUGCAUUCAUUAGGGCAUGGGUUCUUUGUUGCCUUGUCCCCAUCCUUUGGCCAGUUGCUGUGGCUCUGCAGGGAAUCAUGUCCAGUAUAUGUAAUGCUAUGCACACUGCAAGGUUGCUCAUGUAUACCUCAGCCAUAUGAAAUUCCCUCAAUUCUCACUAUUGCAUAGAGAAAUUAUUUUCUCUGAAUAACAGUCUGUUCUAGAGUUCAAGCUGUUUCUGUUUCUACAAAUGUCCCUUUGAGAGUGGUACUGGCACUCUCUGAAGGAUGGAAGGCAUGUAAUUUUGCACUGCCUAUGACUGUCCAUGAGCUCUACCUUAAGAGAAGCCACUUAAAGCUCAGGUUACUCUACAAGCACCUGGAGCUGGCAGCAGCUCCUGUGAGCACUGGCUGGUCAGGACAUGGCCUGCAGCCAUCACAGUAGUUUCACACAUAUCCCUAAACAGCAUGAGAAAGUUCCAUCCUUGAGUGGCAGCUCAAACAAUUGGAGUGGUAACAGAGCCUCUCCCUGGUGGUUUCUCUAGACAGUGCAAAGCAGUUUUAAGAUUGUGUGUAUUUUGUUGAAUGUUCAGGAGUCACAAUACUCUGGUACAGUUUGGGAAAGCAAAAACUAAAGAUAUUGUUUAUGAAGUGCAUUCUAGAAUUUUUAUUAAUGCAUUCUAGAAUGUACAGAUUUUGAGAAUAUAGGCCCCAUUUCAAGUUUCUUUUAAGCUCACUCUGUUGCAGAUGACAUAGUUCAGACAUGUAAAAAACUGGUGGGAAGUCAUGGCAGGAAUAUAUUGUUAAAGAAAUUAAAUAAACCCAUUUUUGUGAAUACUCAAUGUUGCUCAUGUGUCCUUGCCAAUACUACAGUCCAGAGAUCAGAAAGCAAUAAUCUGGAAAGUCCACCGUGUUGGCCAAUCAGGAAAUAUUAAUGUACUACUUUGGUGUUGGUGCAGCUUGUGACCCAGCUUCUGUGGGCUUGCCACGCUGAAAUGAAUCUGCUCCCACUCCCUCUGCUCCCAGGCUGGGUUUAUUAAACUAGAGCAGAGAAGACACACGGUUUCUGUAGAUAACAUUUAAAGUUACCUAGGUUUGACUUUCCACAUUACACAACCCACACUCCUACCCCUGAAACGGCACACGCUGCACCCACAGAACCAUUCAUUACCAUAUAGACUUUUAUUUCCUUUUCUUUUGGAAGGAACCUUUCAAUGAGCAACCUCAAAAAGAAUUACAAUAUUCCCCAGCACACUUAUCUCCAUUUGUACCCGGAAGGAGUGCUGGGGCCAAAUCGGGCACGAUGGAAUUCGCUGUGGGGAAACCCGCUGAUGACAGUGGAACCCGCCCGUGGGUGAAUUCCCGAGGCUCCUGCCACGCUUUAUAAGCAGGUGCAGGUGAGGCAGGGCUGGCAGGAGCACAGGCAGGCACUCGCUGGAGCACAGCUGUGUGUGCAGAGGGAAUGACUGGCUGCAGCAAGAGCAUGGUCCUGAUUUCCCUGCUGGGGCUCCUGGCGCUGCUCCUCUGGGGCACCUCGGAAGCACACAGCAACCAGGAUUGCUGCCUGUCCUACACCAAAGCACGGCUGCCUCGGAAGGCUCUGAAGGGUUACACGGAGCAGCUCCCCAGUGAGGUCUGCGACAUCCCUGCCAUCAUCUUCCACACUGCCAGUGGGCGGAAUGCCUGUGUAAAUCCUAAGGAAGGCUGGGUGAAGAAACAUCUCCUUUUCCUUAGCCAGAAACUCAGGAAGAUGUCAGUCUGAUGUAGUUUCCAGCAAGGAGUUAAACACAGACAUGGCUGAAGAAGCACUGGGUUGGGGCUCCUGGCUGAGAUGCUUUGAACACUGCUGUGUGCUCACUCACCUCCAACUCUGGCUUCUUCAGAACUGAUGAACUUCUUGAGUUGAUUCAUAUUGCAUCACUGUUUUGCUUGAGUUAAGCAUGUUGUUAAAAUUUCUAUUUUUACUAAUAUGUGUAUGUUACUGAUAGGACAUAAGUGCUGUUUAGUAAGGUCUACCUUGAGAUGUUGUACAGAGUGUGAAUUUUAUUAAGUUUAUUGUAUGUUGUUUUUGUUCAGCAUAUGUAAAGCAGGUUAUUUAUUCUGUUUAUUUUGUUAUUGUCUUGUGUCAAAAUGUUUCCUUUAAGCUGUAGUUAGCAUUAUAAUACCUCUUGAAGUAUUAUUAACUUAACUAUUGUUAAAUAAAGACUGUUUGUAGAAAAAAAAA